AUGGUCGGAGCGAAACCAGCGAAAGAUGUUCUUGAACCGAUCUACACCGGAAUGCGGAAGGACAUAGUGGAGCUGUAUAAGCGUUUUCAAGAGGGUAAUACGGCUCGUAUCGCGCAUUUUCGCACCGUUUUUAGGUCAAUGCACUUCGAGAAGAUCUUUGCGGGGCGUUUGGAUCCUGGAGAGCAUGUCGAGUUCACCGAGCGGCUUCUCCAAAUGGCGGCGAGCUACAUGCACCCAUUUCCCACGGCGGCGCCAUCUGUAUUUACCGAGAGAGUUCCGGUGGAUUGUCAUCAUACUACCCAGCUCGCAGCGGUCGCCGGCAAUCCGGACGAGCCGCAGCCGCGUGAGCUGCUCGAGCGCAUCUUCGGCGUCUAUCUCACCUAUUCACUUUACUUUCUGCAGCCGUCUGACUAUGUCGUUCCGAUUCGCGUAACCCCAGUCCAGAUGAUUGAAAUGACCCGUUUGCAACGAGAGUUGAUUCACGAAAAUCACCUGGAUACUGUAGCGACUCUGCUGAAGCUGCAUGCUUACAAGGCGUUCGUCUUAGCGCCGUUCGCGAGCUCGUAUGACUAUGUGACCCACCGCCGUUUCGAGCUUUCUGAAGAUGAAUUGCUGCAGCUGCAAGUAUUGUCCGAGGUCAAUCCAGCGGUCAACUUUACAAGUCAACUAGAACGGAUCAAAGCCGCGAUGCAAUCCUCCCUCGAAGCCCUCAGUUCUCCGCCAAAGGAAUCCAAUUCGUCCGAGAAUACCAGGAGUGACAUUCGGAACCGAGCUUAUUCCGGAAAGGUGCAGCAUAGCAGAAACCGGAGAUACGCUGAUCCGGAAAUGGUCCCCGGCGCUUAUACAGAAAUAAAGGAAACAAAGGUCACUGCACUGAAUUCAAACGAAGUAUCGGCCGCAUCAACCAGUGCUGCUACGCAGGAGCCGGAGGAUCCGCAACUGGAUCAAACAGCGGAUCAAAGCGAUCAAGAUGAAGCCGAUCUAUUGCGCAUGAUCAAUGAUGAAGAAUCGGCGUCUGAAAGUAGCCCGACAAAGCGCAAACGAGCAGGCAACAGGCCAACCCCGGUCAAAAUCAAGAGACCCACAAUCGAAGAUAAAAAAUUGAAAGAGCGACUUCGCGUGUCGAUUACCCCUACAGCAUUGACAAAGGCGAACAACCGGCUGAUGGAGCGUUUACGGCGCUCUACGCGCGGAGAGGACUCGAUGGAA